AGCGCCCAAAAACUCUAAAUUUUAUGUGUGUAAAAUUGUGGGUAACAUUUUGAAACAAGUUUCGAAAACGACGGUUUCCGAUGGCUGCCAUGCAGAAGAAGGUCAUCAUUGUGGAUUCGAAGAGUUACUUUGAUAAGCUCAUCGAUGAUGCGGGAACCAACAAAUACGUACUUGUCGAGUUCUUCGCCACCUGGUGUGGUCCUUGCGCGAUGAUUGGUCCCCGCUUGGAGCAACUGGCAUCGGAUUACUUCGGACGGAUGUUGGUCCUUAAGAUUGACGUUGAUGAGAACGAAGAUCUGGCCGUUCAGUACGAAGUCAACAGCAUGCCCACAUUUCUGAUCAUCAAAAACCGAGUGACACUAAUCCAGUUCGUGGGCGGCAAUGUCGAAAGGGUCGUCAGCACGGUGGAGAAGUUUGUGGGCAAGGUGGAGGACUCCAAGGAGCACAAGUCGAAAGAGGGAGGUGCUAGUUCAGCUACCGUGCCGAAAUUGGAACGCUAAAACAUUUACAUCCUUGGGGGUCUUUUAGUCUGGUUAUCAUCAUGCAGUAUUGAUCGAAAUUAAAGUGUGUGAAAAAGUUUUGAC